AUGGGGAGCACCGAGAGCAGCGAGGCCCGCAGGGUGUCCUUCGGAAUGGACGAAGAGGAGCGGGUCCGGGUGCUGCAGGGCAUCCGGCUGUCCGAGAAUGUGGUUAACCGCAUGAAGGAUCCCAACCAGCCUUGCAAAGCUGGGGAGCCAGCUCCGCCUCCUGCCCCUCCGCCUUCUACGCCUUCUACAGGUGGCUCCUCCAAAGGCCCCGAGAAAGACUCCAAACCGCCCAGGUCUGAGUAUGGUGGUGGCCGUCAGCCCUCGGGGGUGGAGGAGGAUUUCCUCAAAAGGUAUAAACAGGAGCAGGCCAAGGUCCAGGACGAGUUGUUCCAGGUGGUGACGAGGGAACGAGAGGCAGCCACCAAGCACAGGAGUGCGUCCAUGCAGCGGGGGGAGGGCAGCGUUGACCAGGACAAGCGGAAGUCAACCCAGCUGGCCAGGGAGCUGGAGAGCCGGGAGGCAGAGCUGAGCCGUCGUGACACCUUCUAUAAGGAGCAGCUGGGACGCCUCGAGAGGAAGAAUGCCGAGAUGUACAAACUGUCUUCACAGAAGUUCCAUGAGGCAGCUUCAAAAAUGGAGGGCACGAUAAAGCCCCGCCGGACAGAGCCUGUGUGCUCAGGGCUGCAGGCCCAGAUCCUCCGCUGCUACCGUGACCACCUACAAGAAGUACUCCUGUGCUCGGACCUGGUCAAGGCUUACCAGCACUGCGUGAGCGCCGCUCACAAGAGCAUGCAAAGCUGUUUGCUCAAUUUCAAGUUGAGCAGCAAAGACCCUGCCGGCAGUCCCUGCAGCCAAGAGCGGAGCCGGGCCAGUGGCCCUGCACCACGAAACGUGGGCCACGGGAACAGGGUUGAGGAGCAGGCCUCCAUCCUGGCCCUGGCGGUGACUUGGAGCUCUGAAGAAGGAACCAGUGAUGGGACCACAGUCCGCAGACCCCUGGGCCACAGCCAUUUUCUCCUGGAUGGAGAGUGUGGACCCUGGCAAAAGAAACGGCUAGAGUUCCUUCCUGCCAGCAUCAUUACUGACCUGGAGAGGCCCAGCAAUGCCGAGGCAGGGUCUGAGCUGGUGUCACCGCCAAGGUUGCCAUGA